UUCCCUUUUUGCUGUACAGUACGCACGCGCGAGAGGAGAGUUCAUUAUUUCUGCUGGAGGAAGAAACUGUAACAUAAUCUAUAAAUUGUUUAGCUGUGGAAGUAGGCAAAGCCUACAUUGAUGAUUUGAUAUGGCAGAGGGAAGGACACCAGGUUUAUCAUUGGUAAACUCUGUAGCUGGCGUUGUGGUUCAAGGUGGGACAAUUAAAAAUACGUAUAUCCAGAGUAAUGUCAGGGGAAAUCCAAAUCUUGGCAGCGGCCAAUCAGCAGUGAGGGCUAAUCCAGGUGAAAUAAGAAGUUCUGUCGUUGGAGCAGUUUUUUCUGAUGUUGUUAUAGACAAUGUGCAUUUACAAUCCAAUAUCAACAGAAAUCCACCCAGUCGUCAAGAAAUGUAUGAGGAUUUAUCAUGGGAUGUUGUAACCCCAAAUUCCCAAGGCCUUUACUGUUUUGAAAAGAGUAGAAGUAGUGGAUAUUCUGGAUUGCAUUCUGUGGCUGACGAUCUUGGUGAGAUAUACAAGAUGAACUCUCAUCCUUACAGGGGUGCUGCUUUUAUUUUGAACAACAGUUUUUUUCCAAACAUGGAACAAAAGGAACGAAAGGGCUCUGAGGUGGAUGUUGAGAAUGCUAAAAGGUUAUGGAAAAGUUAUGGCUUUUAUGUCAAAACUGCCAACAAUAAAUCAGCUGAGAAAAUAUAGAAGUUGGCGUUGAUGCUAAUCCAGUUGAAGAUGAGCACGAAAUGGGUGAUGCUGGUGCUGCUCAACCAAAUCCAUUUGAAAACUGCCUUAGAACACCUUUGCCAGCUGACUUCUACAUUGCUUAUUCAACUUGUGAUGGUUUUUAUUCCAUGCGUGACAACAUUGCUGGCAGUUAUUUUAUUCAAGCUCUAGUUGAGGUUUUUAUUGCUUUGGCUGACAAAGAGGACCUCAAAUCCUUGAUGACAAAGGUAUCUGGCAAAGUUUCCCGUAUGGUGGGGCGCGUGACCAUUGCCAAGAGGAGCGUAAGAAUGCUGCAACAGCCACAGGAACACUCAACCCUGAAUAAGAAAGUUUACUUUAAAGUCAAAGAAUGAAGAUGUGGUGGUGAAUGCUCCAGACUAUCAAAUUUAGUUUGACAAAAACAUGUGACAUGCCUAAAUAUAGUCAUGAUGACAUCACAUAAUGACAGACCAUAUAUAGGCACAUCAUGAUCACCAAUCACAUCACACAUGUGGAACAUUCUAAUUAUUAGUGAAUACAUAUAGGUUGCAUGAAAGUCAAUCAUCAUCUGUCUCUGGCUUAACAUUUUUCUUUUUAAGUAUUUUAUUACUCACUUUUCAGAUUUUAAAAGGUUUUGACCUCAUUGGUAAUGGUUUAAAUAACUUAUUGGUUAUUCAGAUUCUCUUUCUAUAUAUACAAUUAUAUUUAUGAAUGUACAUAUCAAAUGAGUUCAAUCCAUCAAUCAGUCAGUCAAUCACAAGAUUGAGAGUACAUAGCAAACAUCCAUAGAAGAACGAUAAUACACCCAUCUAGUGAAUUCAUGAUGAUAUUUGAAAGUUUUUAGUAAUAUUUCUGCUUUAAGUCAUUUGGUGAUGAGUAUCACCACUUACAACAAAAUAAAAUUGGAUGUGUAAGAAAGGUCAUUAGAUCUCUAGAAAGCACUGACUUAAUUUGUGACUGAAAGUGUAAUGAUAAUUUCUAACUUUCCUUCAUACAAGAUUGAUUUAACUGAAUGUAAUUGGCUCAUGGCUUAAUUUCUGGCAAAUUUUAUCCGUGCUUUACAGCAUAAAACAGAAGGUCUUGUUAGCAAUGGUGCCAUAUUCUUUCUUUAAGAGGAGAAAAACACUAAUACAUGAGCAUCAUAUUUACAGUACUCGUUAAGUUUUUAAAACAACUCAAUCCAUGUGUGUUUAAGUUAAACUUUAUAUGUUAAGAUAUCUUUUUUUUUUCAAACUUUUAAUAAACAUUACUGUAGGCCUAAACUUUUUAGUACAGUAUGUACUUACAGUUUACUUUAAGCUUAUUGUAAUUGAUAGGACCAUAUUUUGCAUUCAUAGUUUACAUUCAUAAUUUUAUUUAUAGUUUGCUAUGGUAGUUUGGCACAGCAGGUUUGGUUUCCAACCUCAAGGUCAGGAUUUCAAUCCCUCGCUGUGCAUUUCACUUGUGUAGUAAGUUGAGCAAGGCAUUAUAUCUGUGUUGCUUCUCUUCACCCAGGAGUAAAAUGAGUACCUGGUGGGGUUGCCUGCUUCUGCACCAUUAUGGCAACAAUACCAUGUGGACACAAUGACAAAGGAAAACAGUGCUUCGUACCUUUAAGGAAAGGCGCUAUAAUACCAAAUAACAAAUAAAUACAACAGAUAAGCUAGCAAAAAAAAUAGAUUGUAUAGUGGGUUUUAGUCAUUGUAUAGUUUUAUUGUAUUGUCGUUUCAUAUAUAAGAAUUAAAAGCACUAAGAGUUUUCUGUGGAAAAAAAUCACUUCAAAGUAAUUUUUAAAUUCUAUUUGAAAAAUUGGUAGUACUGUACUUUAAGAAGAUGACCAAAUGUAUAACAUAGUUAAUUAGUUAAUGUUUCAGCAGUAUUUACUUAAUAAUAUCGUGUUUAAUUAUUAAUGGAUCUUGAAAUAAUAACCACUUAUUGACUGUUGAUAUAUUGAUGCAAUGAUUGCAGAAUUUCAUUUUAUAAUUUUAUUGGACCUUUUAACAAUAAGAACCAAAGGAAACUUCAUAUAUGGAAUAGUAUGGCACCCAAUGAUUGUCAAACUACAUUUGGAGGGGGACAUUAUGUACAUGUUGAAUUAGUAGCAAUUUUGUUUUUUGAACAAGCAAUACAUAUAUAUUAUAAUACAAUGCUGACA